AACUGUAAGACAUGGAAGAUUGGAGUGGGUAAAGCAGUUACUUGACGAGCCAUGAAAUGUGGGACUCGUUGAGUGUAUGCGGUUUUCGAAUCGCUGCUUUUGAUCAAGGUUAAGUUUGCUCGAACCUUCCGGGACGGGCUCAGCGAUGUCCAUAGUGCGGACCUUGAUCCAUAUUGACCAUAAGGCUAGCGCGAAUUGUGCGGCUUGCCUCAUGUCACUAUGAUCCCAUGUCAACCAAGGUGAGAGUUCCCGAUUUGGAUUGCCUUGACUCCCAGCGGAGAUAUUUUUGAUAAGCCAUAUAUGGCAUGACCGGCCCCACCCGCAAGUUCAAUAAAAUACAAAAGCCCAGCAAAUUGACUCCAUUCGUAUGAUAUAAUAUGUCCCCUUCGGGGUGACAUACGAAAAAAUUGGAACGAUACAGAGAAGAUUAGCAUGGCCCCUGCACAAGGAUGACACGCUUUCCCGGAGUGGUAGACCUACGGGUCUCAAUAUUUAUUGCCGCUCAAUCCUCUGAAUAUUUUGUUUUGCAAUUGCCAAUCACCACUGAUGUCUCCAACUUUAGGCUUUCACUAACUCAGCCUUCAAACGCCACUAGGCCAGCCUCCAUAACAAUGAAUCGUGCAUAACUUGCGACCGAGGUCCUUCUUUCUUCCGUUCUUUGACCGUCAGUUCACCACUGCCUCGUGAUGUCGUCACAGGCUCACGGCAUUCUCUUAUUGAAUGUCUGAUAAGAUAUGAAGUGCUUCUGAUUCGCUUCUCCCCGAGUUCUAAGGGCUCACUUUCCAUGUGGGUCAACCAACAUCAGACAUGUCUCCAAGACGAAAGGAUCGAGCCUUGUGCGGGGCCCAAUUGGCAAGCCUGACUGACAUAUGUCAUUCACACGCGAACUUCUGACGAUCGUGAGGCCCCAAAGAUUCAUGUUCAGACGUUCUACGCCCGCAAAAGGUUUUAUAAACAUUCUCAGCAGUGAGACUAGCGAUGUUUGGUUCCCACCUUCUACCAUGGCUUUGCUCCCUUACCACAUCGAUUCUGUGCUUCUCGUCGGUCUAGCUGCGUUGAUUGUCCAUAGCUUUAUCCAGCGCAGAACAAAUACGGCUCGACUACCAGUGCCACCUGGCCCUCCGCCUUUGCCAGUCAUAGGAAAUCUCCUAGACCUACCCGUUGCCGCGGAGCCUUGGAAGGCCUACGCUGGGUUGUCACAGAGAUAUGGGGAUGUCGUUCACCUCUCCGUAUUCGGACAGACAAUAAUUAUCUUGUCUUCGUUGGAGGCGAUCUCAGAUCUUUUUGAGAAAAGGUCGACCAUAUACUCAUCGAGACCACACUCUACCAUGCUGCACGAGUUGAUGGGGAUGGACUGGUCCCUUGCCAUCAUGCCUUACGGCGAAGAAUGGAGGAAAGUUCGACGGGGCUUCCACCAGUAUUUCAACUCGAACGUCGCUCCGAACUACCACACCGUUCACGAGGAACAAUCACACGAUUUCCUCAAGCGUUUGCGGCAAACGCCAGAGGACUUUCUGGACCACAUCCGGCAUGCCUUUGCUGCCACGAUUAUGAAGGUCACUUAUGGCAUCGAAGUAAAAGAUGCGGACAACGAGUACAUCCAUUUGGCUGAGAAUGCUAUCAUCGGGUUCAAUGCAGCUGCUCAACCGGGGCGUUUCCUCGUAGACAGCUUCUCGCCCUUGCGAUAUGUACCGGCUUGGAUGCCUGGCGCUGACUUUCAAAGACUGGCAGCCCACUGGAAAGAAGUCGGCCUUCAGAUGCUCAACAAACCGUUUGAUGCGGUCAAAAGUGCCGUGGCUUCGGGAUCCGCGGUACCCUCGGUCGCUAGUGACAUGAUAGAGCAUAUAUUGUCCUCCCCUGACAGAGAAGAGCAAGAAGCUAUUGCUCGCAGGAGCGCUGGCAUCGCGUACGUCGGGGGUGCUGAUACUACUAUUUCUGCCGUCUCGUCGUUCUUCCUUGCGAUGGCUAUGUAUCCCGAGGUUCAAAAGAAAGCACAGGCCGAACUGGACGCAGUCGUAGGACCGAACAGGCUACCGACAUUUGCAGAUAGACCCUCACUUCCAUACAUCGAAGCGAUCGUAAAGGAAAUUUUGAGAUGGAAGCUAGUGACGCCUAUGUCUGUUCCCCAUUGCACAUCUGCUGACGAUGAGUACCGAGGGUUCUUUAUUCCGAAAGGCUCGGUCGUCUUCGCGGCGGCUUGGUCUAUUUUGCAUAACCCCGUUGAGUUCCCCGACCCGGAGUCUUUCAACCCUGACAGGUUCCUUAAAGAUGGGAAGUUGAAUCCUGAUGUCCUUGAUCCGACUGUCGCAUGCUUCGGUUUCGGACGCAGAAUAUGUGCCGGUCGCUACUUUGCUCUGAAUCAGCUAUAUUCCACUGUCGCGACUGUCCUUCAUAUCUUCAACAUUUCUCCCGCUCUGGACGACAAGGGACACCCGAUUCCUGUUGAGCCACAUAUGUCUUCUGGAAUCGUUUCGUAUCCGGAGCCCUUCAAGUGCAACAUCAAGCCUCGCUCUCCAGCUGCAGAUGCUCUGACAAAGGAGUCCCACCACGAAUAAUGGGCCUUGGGGUUAUUAUGGACUCCGGGAAAAAACAAGGACCACGUCUUAACCAUUUAUAUACCCUAAGUAUCUCUGUCGAGCAGUUAUAGCGAUUGCAGGUUCAAUUAUUGUGGGCUAUCCUGGACAGGCGAGCGCGUCUUUGUGGACUCGCACAUGUUAUUAAAGACUGUAUUGCUUGUAUUGUAUUGUUCAACAGAUCCUUGUAUACCUUCCUCGAUUUAUAUUUGGAAAUAAAGUUGAUACUUCCAA